GGACCCUCAAAGAUCCCAACCGAACCCGAAUUGAAAUUUAUAUAUACCCAAAUGAAACUGAAAUCUUUAAUCUAAAAAACCUGAAUAGCCCCGAAUCAAACCCAAAUGGAUGCCCGAACGGAAAACAAGGCAAAAAGAUACUUCACAAUAAUAGUAAUUAGUACAAAUGUAAUUCUCAGGUAUAAAUUAUUUCCUUUUCCCAAAAAAAAGAAAAAUAGAAAUUCGAAGUUGGUGGAUCGAGUCAUGCGGAUUCUAUAUAAACAGGUUUCCCGUGAGAUAAGUUUUACAUUCUAAUCAAAAAUAGCUAAAGCGAUGGCCACUGCUAUUCUCUCUUCUGGAAGCUCUUUGAAUCAUAGAUUCGAUCACGAAACCCUAAUCCACCGCAAUCAUUCUCGCCUUCGCUGUCACUCACACGCUUCUACGACGGCUCCUCGUCGACUCAAGCGAAGCCCCACGACGACGACGUAUCAGUCUAGGAAGAUGGUUGUAUCCCCGGCCGUGAAACCCAAUCUUGUUAUGGGACAAGUCAAGAUCCUCAAACGCGGAGAGACACUGAGCGCGUUUCGUAACAGUGUUGUAACUUCGAGUAAUAAGAUUGGACCUGAACCAGAGACUUCGCAGAAGCAGAUCGGAGAGAUCGUCUCCAGACGUUACGCCGGUGCUUGUAGCUCAGCUUCUCCUCCUCCAAGCUCUCUUCCUAUUCCAUGUUUCUUGGGUAACAAGUUACUUGCUUAGCAAGAUUCAGGAAACCCUAAAAAAGUUGCUUGCAGCAGUCUGUUUAUAAACAGAUGUCGAAGAAUCUUGAAGCUUGAGAAUGUGAUCUUCAACGCCAA